AUGACACAAAUCCUAGGCUGCUUGAACGUUUUACCUCCAGUUCAAAUCGAACACUGGAAUAAAUACCAGUCAAUCUACGCGAAAUCCCUUGUAACCACUACUGAAAAAAGUCUUGCAGCAGCCGCGGAAGAAGCCGCUGACCAAGCUCAGGCACCAUUCGACGAAGAAGGUGUGACCAACGUCACUGUUACUAUCGAUGGUUCGUGGCUGACUCGCCGUGGUCAUUCAAGUUUGCAUGGUUUAGCUACAUGCUGCUCGACCGCUGAUCCACCGAAAGUUCUCGAUUAUCAAGUUCUCAGUCGGCACUGUUCAACAUGUUCAGGAUUAUUAGGUGUGAAAGAGUUUGAUAAGGAUACCUAUCAGCGUCUACUUAUUGAACAUCUCGAGAGUGGUUAUGAUGCAAACCACACAGGAUCAUCGGCUGGGAUGGAGGCGGCAGGUAAAAACCUUUGUUGUACCCUAGACUAUUUCCGAGAACUGCAACGAAAAUGA